AUGGCUAAUCAACUACAAGAAUUAAGUGGCAUGGAUAAAAGGAUUAUUUUACAAAUAUUCUCAGCUUAUGGGUUUGGUUUGAUCAGAGGAUCUAUUGAAAUACAUGCAACAUUUGUGAAACAAAAAAUUGUAACACCUAAAAUUCCAGUUCAUCAAAAUGAAUUGAAAAUUACCUCAGACAUUAUAUGGUAUAUGGAUAAUGCUAGAUUAAAAAAAUCAAAAAUGUCUAAUACAUCUAUAAGAGUUGAGUGCUUUCAUGUUCCAAUAAACAAAACUAGUCCAAAUGAAAAGCUUGGUUAUCUUUUAUUAAAAGUGAAAGGGGCACAAACUAUUAAUCCAACAUCCAAUGAUCGUAUAGAAAUCAAACCAUAUAAAUUAAUAGGAUCAAAAACUGGUAGUUAUGAACUUAAUUUAUCAUUGCGAAUUGAAGAUUUCAAUGAUAAAGCUACAAAAAAAUCACCUGAAAAAAUUCAAAAUUCAAAAUCAAAGAAUCAGAACGAUUUGAAAAAAAUAGAGGAAAAUAAACAUAUUGAAGAAAAUAUUGAAAUAGUUUUACCAAAAUCUGACAAAAAUAAUAUGUUAGGACAAAUAGAAUGUUUACCAGAAAAUAAUAAACCUCAACAUGUAUUCACUUUUGAUGUUCAACAAAAAUUAAUUGAAGAAUUAGAAAAUUGGAAAGACAAACAAAUGAUAUUAUUUAAUGAAAAAAUGAAAACGAAAGAAGAACAAUUGUUAAAAGAUUUAAAUGAUAAAUGGUCAGAUGAUAGAAAACACACUGAAGAAAAACUAACCUGUACUAUGUCUAAAUGUAAAGAAUUAGCCAAAGAUUUGGACAAAAUGUCUGAUAUGUUAAAAGAAAGAGAUGCUAUAGUUACAGCCAAAGAACUUGAAUUAACUUGUCAAAAAGAUAGAAUGGAAAAUAAAUACAUUGGUUUAGUGCAAAAUAUGCAGUCUUCCAAUGCUCAAACAAUUAAAGAAAUGAGUAACAACAUUUUUGAAGUGGAAACUCAAUUGCAUGGAUCAGAAAAACUUAAUAUUUUACUAAGACAAGAGAAUGAAGUACUAAAAUAUGAUAUCAAUACCAAUUGUGGUUUACAAGUAAAAGAAUUAGAGAAAAAAAUUUCAAAUUUAGAGUCUAAAAUUGAGGAAGCCAAUAAGUCUUGUAUGUUCUUUAAAGAGCGGUGGAUAGGAUCUAUUAGAAAACUUAACCAAUUGUACACCAAAUUUCAUGAAACUAAAACCACUAGAAAUUUUCUCAACAAUAAACAAAAUAUUCAAAACAUAGUGACUAACCAAUUAGAAGAACGAAAUCAAGAUGAAUUAAAAUUAAGAACACUCUUAAAUGAUUUAAGUAAAUUACGAGAAGAUAUGAUCAACACUAAUUAUUUGAACUUAUGA